AUGGCAUCCUCCUCUGAAAUCACUUCCACCUCAUCUGCUGCAAACACACAAGCUACAAGGAUACACUCUUUUGUCCUUGAAAUCACUCACGCUAUCUAUCUCACCAUAGUCCACCCCUUACCAAAGAUUACAAAUGCACCUAUUGCUAACCCUACCCCUCCUGCUACUGCUAGUGUAGUCUCUAAAGAUGAACCUAGUGCCCCACCAAAGGAGAACCCUCCUCAACCCAAAAGAAAGAGGGUAACCAAAGAAAUUGUAGUUUCUACUGAAGACGAGUCAUUAGAUGACCCUAACCCUCCUCCAAUAUCCAGGAAGCCCACUCAAAAGAGGAGGAGAGUGGCCGCAAAGCCCUCUACCCAAAAGCCAUCCACAAAAGCUUCAUCUGCUGAGAACCCACCCACUAAAGAGAAAAACCCACAAGGCGAGGUCUUAGAGACUAAGAAGAGGAAAGCCCCCAUAAAGAGAGCCACACCUCAUGCUCCUAAGAAAACAAAGAAGACUCCUGCAGAAGGGGAGCAAGCUCCCACUCAAUCUGAGUAA